UUUCACAGGACACGCAGGUUUGACUAAUAAUGCUAGCUAGAGCUUCUCUUCAUUCAAAUGGUGUGGAUAUGCAUACCGCUGAGUAUGCUGAUUAUAAAAAGGCUGAAGUCACAUCUCAUCAUGCUCGAGACAUAGUGCAUAUUAACGCAGGCGGCACAAGAUUUACUACACUUUACGACACUUUGGCACAGUCAAAGUCGUCAUAUUUCCUCAACUUUAUCCGCAUCGACCGCACCAGUGGAAAAAUUGUGCUUCUUCAACAGAGAACUAUUCGUGAUGAGUCAGGAGCAAUCUUCGUGAACCGGGACGGGCGUCUGUUUGCAUUCGUUCUGCAAUUUAUGAGAGACGGAAAGAACACUGUCCUGCCAAAAGAUAAAGACGUGUUAGCACAGCUCAAACGAGAAGCAGACUUCUUUGGCAUGGAGGUAUUCAAGUACCUAAUUCAAGAGACACUUGUUGACAUUGAAAAGGAACAACGUGCCAACACCAAUGAUAUUGUGGAUAUUCGCAAUUCGGUGAACCAAAUUGCGAACAACACGUACUACAAUAAUGGAGGACGCAUUUGAAGUUUACUUCCUCUUUCUGAAUAACUUUGUUAAUGACCAUGAAAUAACGGAAAUAAAGUGCAAAAUUGUGUGU